GACAUGAAAAAAACGCAGGACGGAGGGUGGCGUGCAGGACCAAAUUUCAACUUUUUGAGACGGCGUUAAAAAGAAAUCGAAUGGGGAGAGGUGUACGUGUUCGGCGAGAGAUAAAGGGGAAGGGUGUGAGUGAGCAUGCUCUGUUUGGGCUGACAUUGGACGCCGGCUUAGCUCCUCUCUCUCUCUCCCUCUCUCCCUGUCUCGCACACAAACACACCCAGUAGCAGUGACACUUACCACACUGAAGGGGACAGAGGCAACACCAAUAAAAGAACACGAAGAAGAAGAAAGGGGGGAAAAUAGUCAGGGGGAGAGGGAUGGGACUUUCCCUUCUCGCCUCUGGAUCUGGAGUCGAGUACUACUUCUUUUGGGUCCAACAUACCUAAAAAGAUCUGUUUUUCACACAACUAUUCGCCAGUGGAAAUUAACGCUCGGCUACUAUUUUUGCGAAGCGGUUUCGGGGUAAAGGACCUGCCUUUUUUUAAAAAAGCCAACACGAGGCGGCGAAACUGUGUCCGAGAUGAUCAGACAACAUGAGAAACAAAGGUGGAACAUGUGAAAGGAUAGUUAUCCUGCGUCGGAGAGGAGCUGCAGUGGCUGUUGGUGUCUUAUAGUUCCUGGAGGCUGAACUGGGAGCAGCCAGGGAGUGGCACACUGACAGAGUGAAUACACACUCUAGACUAAAGACUUUGGUGUGUAAUAGAAACCAUCAGCCAGUUUGUGUAUCAGUCUGCAGUCCAAGCACCUUACACAACUGCCUGGUGUUAGGGCUGCCUCUUCUUUUAUUCAUUUGGGUCUGAUGGGCAGGACCGGUGCCUUCCCGUUCUUCCAGUGAUCGCAUAGUUUGCUAUUUUCUUAUUCUUUCCUUCUACAUAUGUCAUAUAUUUGAUGUGCUUUCCCCUAUUGAGGUUCUUUUAUUUUUAUUUUUUUUAACCUUAUGUAGACAGAGCCCUCAUUGUUUUAGUCCAGUUCACCCCGGACCCUCAUGGGCUUCCAUCCGUUCAACGCGGGAUCAGGAGAAAGAAAUGUGAUCUUCUGUUUUCGGGAUAUGUUUAUGGCAGCAGGGACUGUGUGCGCUGGUUUCCAUGGAAAAGGCCGGAGAAACAUGGCGGCGGCGGCGGUGGGGGACUGCAUGAGCGCGCUGCUCCCAUGUCUCUGGUCCGAGUGAAGUCGAGGCCGGCUAGCGUAGCGCUUCAAGCUCCGCCCUGGAAUUCCUUGUUCAGACUCUUGUUUUCAUGCGUAGCCACAAGGAACGUGCACAGGACUAAAGAGGUCCCCACAUUUCAAGAGAAGACGAAAGCCUUAUUUGGAAAUCUUAUGGACGAAGAAAUGAGUCGCCAGACCGCCACCGCGCUGCCCACAGGAACCUCCAAGUGCCCCCCCUCCCAGCGCGUGCAGACCCUGUCAGGCACCACCGCCUCCAACAGCGACCUGGCCAGCCUGUUCGAGUGCCCCGUCUGCUUCGACUAUGUCCUACCCCCCAUCCUGCAGUGCCAGUCCGGACACCUGGUAUGCUCCAACUGCCGGCCAAAGCUCACCUGCUGCCCCACCUGCAGAGGACCCCUGGGCUCCAUCAGGAACCUGGCCAUGGAGAAGGUGGCCAACUCAGUCCUCUUCCCCUGCAAGUACGCGUCGUCGGGCUGCGAAGUCACCCUGCCUCACACCGACAAGACGGAGCACGAAGAGCUGUGCGAGUUCCGGCCGUACUCGUGCCCCUGCCCCGGCGCCUCCUGCAAGUGGCAGGGCUCCCUGGACGCCGUCAUGCCCCACCUGAUGCACCAGCACAAGUCCAUCACCACGUUGCAGGGCGAGGACAUCGUGUUUCUGGCCACAGACAUUAACCUCCCCGGCGCCGUGGACUGGGUCAUGAUGCAGUCGUGCUUCGGUUUCCACUUCAUGCUGGUGCUGGAGAAGCAGGAGAAGUACGACGGCCACCAGCAGUUCUUCGCCAUCGUGCAGCUCAUCGGCACCCGCAAACAGGCCGAGAACUUCGCGUACCGGCUGGAGCUGAACGGCCACCGGCGCCGGCUCACCUGGGAGGCCACGCCGCGCUCCAUCCACGAGGGCAUCGCCACCGCCAUCAUGAACAGCGACUGCCUGGUGUUCGACACGUCCAUCGCACAGCUGUUCGCUGAGAACGGCAACCUGGGCAUCAACGUCACCAUCUCCAUGUGCUAAGAAAACUCACACAGACAAACAACAACAACAACAAAAAAACAACAACAAGAGAGGGGGGGGGGUUCCACGGAAAGGAAAAGAA